GUAUUGGUACAGGUCCUCUCUCUGGAAGCUAAGAAUAACAGGCAAAUUUCGCUUCCUCUCUCAGUCCGACUGCAAUAAGCAAAUCUUUUUUUCCUUCAUAUCGUCUCCAUUCUUAUGGUGCGCUGACAACCAAUCACCCAUUUUCCAGAUCUAUUUGUCUUUGUCUCUCUUCUUCACGUUCCCAAGACAAGAUACUGAAGAAAGGUUUACUUCUGAUGCAGCGUAUAUCAUUUGCUUCUGAAAGGCUCUUUCAAAAAAAUUAGUGCAUUUGUAAGGUUGUAAAGCUCAAGUUUAGAAUUGAUGGAUGUGGAUGAAGGGAGUGGUCUAAGAGAUUCCACAGAGGCUCAUCGAAUUCCAAGACGUUCUAGAUGGCAUGAAGCUAUCCAUCAGUUUAAACAGCAAACUCUUCCAGCUUGUAAACCUGUUCUUACCCCUAAAUGGGUUAUUACGACAUUUUUAUUGAUGGGUGUCAUUUUCAUUCCUGUUGGGCUCAUUACUCUUCGUGCCUCCCGUAGUGUUGUUGAAAUUGUUGAUCGAUAUGAUAGUGAGUGCAUACCAGAGGAAUAUAAAAGUAAUAAGAUGGCAUACAUAAAAGAUAGCUCAAUUCCCAAAAACUGUUCCCGGUUUCUAAAGGUCUAUAGGCGAAUGAAAGCUCCAAUUUAUAUCUAUUACCAGCUUGAUAACUACUAUCAAAACCAUCGGCGGUAUGUAAAAAGUAAAAGUGAGCAGCAACUGUUACAUGGACUGAAGUUCAAUGCCACAAGUACCUGUAAACCUCAAGAAUCUAAUAAUGGCCGUCCAGUAGUUCCUUGUGGCCUAAUUGCUUGGAGCUUGUUCAAUGAUACAUAUGCAUUUAUUCGUGGGAGAUCAGAAUUGAAGGUUAACAGAAAUAACAUAGCAUGGAAGAGUGACCGUGAUCACAAAUUUGGCAAGCAUGUAUAUCCCUUCAAUUUCCAGAAUGGGACCUUGAUUGGCGGUGGAAAUUUAGAUCUGAGUAUCCCUCUAAGUGAUCAAGAAGAUCUUAUUGUGUGGAUGCGUACCGCUGCUCUCCCCAGCUUCAGAAAGUUGUACGGUAGAAUUGAAGAGGAUUUGGAUGCAGAUGAUGUGGUUGUAGUCAAGCUAAUGAAUAAUUAUAAUACAUACAGUUUUGGAGGGAAAAAAAAGCUUGUCCUUUCAACAUCAAGCUGGUUGGGAGGAAAGAAUGAUUUCCUUGGGGUUGCCUAUCUAUUCGUUGGUUCAUCUUGCAUAUUCAUCUCUAUCGUCUUCUUGUUGCUACAUAUGAAGAGUCAGAGGCCCAGGCCAUAAUAUAUAUAUAUAUAUAUAUAUGGAGAAAACUUUUAUCCAUUUUGGAACAAGAAAGGCAUUUCCUGUUGAUGUUUCAUUUUGUGAAUAAGAAGGGUUCCAACUAAUCUGACAUAUCUCAUUUCAAUUUUUAAACUAUUUCUUAAUUGUAAUAGAAAUAUCAGGAAAAUCAUAGAGGUUUUUUUUUUUUUUUUUUUUUUUUUUUUUUUUUUUUUUCUUGUUGGUGAAGUUUGAUUAAAAAAGAAUGAUGUCGAAGUCUGUGCCUAGUUUUAUUGUGUACAUACUAUUGAUGUUGUUGGAUCAUAAAUAGCAGAUGUUACUUCAUUAUCCAUUGUAAUGAAAAAUUAUUUCGGUUGUAUGUAUGUAUUUAUGAGGUUUGA